UCCUUCUGAGUUUAAUGCAUGUGUUUUUCUUUCUUUUUUUUAGCUGACUUUUUCUGAAAUAAAUUUACAUUUCAAUUAUAUUCCAAUUUGUCAACCUUUCAUAUGAAUUAAAGUGGUCUCUAGGGGGAAGGUGGGAGUGGAAAGGAAACUGUCGCAAAGAUCGUUUAUGCGUCAGGAAAACAUCGUUCUUCCCUCUGCUGAGUCACUUCCAAGAGGUUUGAUUCUUAUAUCAAAGCUCGUCCCUCCUCCUCCUGAAGGUUAAGUCACACUAUAGCACCAGAGGGAGGCUUCAGACGGCAGCGCUGCCGCUUUACGCACGACCUCCCCUGUUUGGAUCUGGCCGGCUGUGCGCGCACAGCUGCAGCCCCCCUGUCUCCGCUCCCUGCGUGCGGACAGAUGGAUGCGCAGCAGAACCUGCAGAGGCACACUUUCACUUAAACAUCACACGAGGACCCUUCCGUUCUAAAUAAACGCCUGUAUUUUUAUUUUUCCAUCUUUCCAAAUGGAUAUUUACGCCUCAGCGCUCUCACCGGCGCUGGAUAUCGGCGCAGGCUGCUACCUGCUGGUUUUAACCGUGCUCUCCGCAGUGGGAAACCUGCUCGUCCUCAUCAUGGCGUUCAGAAGGUCGUCCCGGAUGAAGCCGCCGGAGCUGCUCAGCGUGAACUUGGCGGUGACGGAUCUCGGCAUGGCCGUUACCAUGUAUCCCCUGGCCGUGGCCUCGGCCUGGAGCCACCGCUGGCUUGGCGGAGACGUUUCCUGCGUCUACUACGGUCUGGCGGGCUUCUUCUUUGGCAUUGCCAGCAUCAUGAACCUCACCAUCUUGGCCGUAGUGCGCUUCAUUGUGUCCCUCAAUCUGCACUCUCCCAAGGAGAAGAUCAGCUGGAAGAAGGUGAAGAUGCUGUGCAUGUGGACCUGGCUGUACGCUCUGAUCUGGGCUCUGUUCCCCAUUCUGGGCUGGGGGCGGUACGGCCCAGAGCCCUUCGGCCUGUCCUGUUCGCUCGCCUGGGGACAAAUGAAACACGAGGGCUUCUCUUUUGUCGUCUCUCUGUUCUGCGUGAACCUGCUUGUGCCAAGUGUCAUCAUCAUUUUCUGCUACUUUGGCAUCACCAUAAGGCUCUACUUCACCUACAAGAAGUUGACGAACAGCAACCACGUCCCCAACAUCGUCAAACUCCAUCGGAGGCUUCUGAUAAUUGCCGUUUUGAUCAGCGUAGGCUUCGUGGUUUGCUGGAUGCCCUACGGCUUGGUGAGCCUGUGGUCCGUUUUGAAUGACAGCAGCAGAAUCCCGCCCGAGGUCAGUCUGCUGCCUUGCAUGUUUGCAAAGAGCUCCACCGUGUACAACCCUUUGAUCUACUACUUCUUCAGCCAGAGCUUCAAAAAGGAGGUGAAGCAGCUGUCGUGGCCGUGCCUGGGCUCCCACGCGUGCCACGUCUCCAACAGCGUCAGCGAAAACAACAUUUACAUGGUUAGCGUCAACCUCAAGUCCAAGGAAGUAGCGCGGGAAACCGUGCAGGAGAUCACCGAGUCGAGAGAGUGACUUCGUUGUGAAGGAAAUCUAAAAAUAAGACUGAGCCGAGAUGAGUUGUCGGAGGUCUCAUGAUUCUGGAAUGGAAAGGUGUCCAGGUAGCUGGGUCCUUAGACAGACAGGCAUGAUGGGUAAAAAUGAUGGGGUUAAAAACUGUGAAUGUUCUAACAGUAACAAAUAUAUAUAUAUGUAUAAAAAUAGUGUCCAAUUCAGUCCUGGAGUUGGGAUAUCUGACAUCUGAGUAAAUCGCAUUUACACAAGUAAUGAUCAAAAUCGGCGGGUUUGAGAUGUUACAGUACAUUUAAGGUCACAGAGAGAGAAGAUGUCGGGUAGCAAAAGUUCAAAGCCAAAUGCUGUACGGAGAAAUAUAACGGGAAACUUACAAGAACUGCCAGAGAAAGUGGAAAUGUUCACUUUAUGGACUUCGUUUUUUUUAUGUUGUGGAGGAGUUGUGCUUCUGUGUGCGUCAUGUGUUUAAACGAUACGGUAGCUGUGCUGUCCUUGAAGGCCACACGGAGCCCGUUCCCCAACGGCGGUUCAUGCAAGAACGCAAGGUUGUAAAGAAGGUGCUGUUAUUCUGUCUGAGCCUUGUGUCAUGAUGUGUAAAUGUACAACACCUCUUACAACUUGAGCGGUAUGUAACUUUAAAGGCACCGUCUAAAACAGGUUUGUGUUGUAAAAAUGAAACUCUGCACUUAAAAACUAAAUUUUUGGAGACGUGUAUGGCUGUUGAAGUUACUUCUGUAGAGCAUAAUGGAACAUAACGAAUGCAGUGGUUCUGCUUUUAUAUCAGUUUUGACAGUAGUCAAAAAAAGUGAAAUAUCAGCACUUUUGGGUUACACUUUUAGUGUUUUGUUGCUGAAGUGAGGCUAGCUAUUUAUGUAGUCAUUGGAAAAACUCCAAAGAUGCGUCAUGACAUGUCUUUAAAAAAAACAUGUCAACUUUUCUGGCUGCAUCGAUUGCGGCAUAGUGGCAAAAAUGCAGGUGAAUCACAGAAAAUAACUGGUUAAAAAGCCGUGGUUGACACAUACGUGGAUGUGUUUGAUUUGCCACUUUGCCUUUGUUGUCUGGAGCAAAUGUAGUGUCACCGAAUGCAUCAGAAUUCAUCAAAUAAUGAGGUAUUGCAUGUUAAGACGAUUAAAACCAUGCAGAAUUUACCAACAGCAUGCUCACACUGUCUUACUGCUAAUCUUAACAAUAUAAAUGUUUUCUGCACUGACUACUCAUAUACUGAAUAAGAAUACUUUAGUAAAUAAAGGGAAAAUAGUUGGUUUACGAGGAGGUUGCUAGUUCCAUCCUGACCACUAGAUGGCAAUAAAAGCAACACACAAAACCUUUAAACCGAUUUGGGUUUUUCUCUCCUGCUGAAUAUAGAUUUCACCUCCAUCAUCAGAAUUUUCAUCAGUUUAAUCUCUUUUUUGUACUUUGGAGAACCAAAAUAAUAUUAUAAAGUAUUCGCUUAGUAAAAUCUGUCCAAACCUUGUAGAAGAAUUUGCUUCCUGCAUUCUGAUCUGAACAGCCCUGAUUUCUUUUUUUUUUUAGGUUUUCUCUUUUAUUUACUCUCUGUAUUGAUCAGAAAGAGUUUAUGGUACAAUCAGGCUGCACCACAUUAUUACAGAGAAACCAGAUAAGCAUAUUAGUGAGGUAAACGUGUUUUGCAGGUACUAUUGACAAAGUGCGUCACUUUUGAGUUUCUAUUCUCCAUAAUUUCCCUUCUGCAUCAUUUCCUGUAUUUGGCCUUCACUGUUAUGCACCAUUAUUGUUUUGACAAUGUGCCUUUCAAAGCUAUUCUUUCUCCUGGUUCGCCUUCACAUUUUGUCACAGUACAAUCACAACUCUGUACUUUGUUGAGAUGUUAAGUAAUCGGCCAACACAAAGUUGUGCAGAAUAGCUAAAUGGAAGAAAAAUAACAAUAAUUAUAGAUUUUUAACUCCUUAAAUUAAAAAGUAAACUGGUGACACUCAUUAAAUCUGAAAACGUUCCCCUCUGAAACUCAGGUUCAGGCUCAUCUGUGAGCUACUAUUUGCAAAUCUUACCACAUUUUCAAUUAAAAUUUUGGUCUGGACUUUGACUGGGACACACGACCAGACUUUGUUCUUAACCGUUUCGUUGUAGCUGUGACCGUCUGGUUAGAGUGUUGUGCUCAUACUGAACACACUACUUUGUUUUGGCCUGUGGCUUUAAGACCCAAUAAGGUAUACUGAAGGUUGUUGUUCAAUGUGUGAAUACUUUUGGAGGCCACAAUAUAAUCACCAGUGAAAAUACAAAAACAUACAAAUUAAAGAGACUAUGACCAAACAAACCCAGUAAGCAUAACUAUUUCAGAAAUGCACAAUAAAAUAUUCUUAUUUACAAUAAAGCACAUUUUUAACUUAACAGCAGAAUUGAUGGAAAUAAUCUUCAUUUGUCUUAUUUUUAUUUAUAAAACCGCUUUUGUUUCACAUUAGAAAAAUAUGCAGCGAAUCAGCAGUAUUUUCACUUGGCUGUUUUGCCACCUGUGCUGAAAGCAGUGCUGCAUUGCAGGGAAAUUUAAAUCUUCAUUGGGUUUACGCGCACUGCCAUGUAAAAAGACCAGGUUUGGGGUUAAAGUUGUUUCUUUUUUGAAGUUGGGUUUUAUUAAGACAUCAUGAGCAGUCACUAGUUUACCUACAGACAAGAAGUUUUCAGUCACACUAGCUUUGCUGAACGAAACUGCGGCUCAUUUGCCCAGAAAAUCCAGUUCAUUUGGAGAGGCAAGUAAUAUGUGAAACUGAACUCCACUGUGGGUCAAAGAAGGUCAACCUGGUUCACCCAAAAAAAAAAAAAAAUCCCUGUAUCUGUCAGUCCGCUU